AUUCAGCUGUACACCAGCGAUUGCUAAGUUAAUUUAGUAUGGCGUUUGUUGUUAUUUGUCGCUAGAGAAAGUGUUCUUCUUCUGGUAUAUAUUCGGAAUAAUUUUCAAUAUUGACAGUAAAUUUUGAAACACGUGGGAUAAACAGCUUGAAGAUCAUGGGCUUUAAGUGUAUAAACGUAGAAAUAUAAAUGAAUCAAAUAAAAUUUGACGGAUAUUUAAAAAGUAAACGUGAUAAUUAAAAUAUAUGUAAUUACAGGUUAAUACAUAUUACAUAAUAACAGUUGAAAAAAUGGAAGACUUUGUGUCUACUCGUGGGUCGCAAAUCAACAAAAAUGCGGUUGAUAAUUAUGUUGCUGUGAAUUAUAAAGUUCAGAAGAAAAAGUCAAAAUCCAUAGACGAUACAAAUACUGAGGACAAAACGUCAAAGAAGGAUUCCAAAAUGAAGCCUGAGGAUCUGAAGAAACAACAAGAAAUAGAAAUGAAAAAAGCACGAUAUGACAUUAUUAAAUUUGGUAUAUCUGGUUUUGAGAAAUCAAAGGCAAAAAAAGCAAAAAUGGAACUUGCCAUUAGCUUGGGUGCUAUACCUCCUAAGAACAGGAAAAAGAAUUAUAAGAUAUUAAAGCAGCGUCAAGAAAAGGAGAAAACAAGAAUGAAAGAAGAGAAACAUACGUCUGGAUUCACUCGUAGCUUGCUUAAACCAAGAACUAAGAAGAUGCGUAGAAAAGACAGCGGUAUUUUAGGAAGUUAUGGAAAGAUAUCAAAAGAAAUAUAAAAAAAAACUGACGUAUAUUGGAACUGUUCCUUUUGUUUUUUAAAUUUGAAAUAAAGACAAAUUAUAAGAAUUUGCUCUUAAAAAAAAUAAAACUUUGAAUUAGAAUACAUACUGGAUUCAUUUAAAUAGUCGGUUAGAAUGAUAAAGGAAAAGGAAAAAAGAAAGUUUUUAUGAAAAAAUGGAAACACACAAAUACAUCUAUAACUGUAAACAUUUAAAAUAUCUUCUAUUAAUUCAAUGCUGUUUCAUUACAACAUCAGCUAGCUA